AGUAGCGGUCGCGCGCGGCAAUUGUUUAAAAUUCGAUUUUUUUUAACUUUUCGUUUUGCGCGCGGUCAGUCAUUUUUCAUGUUUUUAAAUUUGAGUGUAUAAAAAAAGUAAAAUGUUAAAGUAUACGGUGAAGAAAUAUUGCUCUGAAGGGAGCAGGAUUAAUCAAGUGAUUAUGGCUUCUUUAAUGGUCCUCCCAGUAUUCUCGUACGGCAUGGCGGUCGGCUGGCUGUCCCCGAUGGGUCCGCGUCUCAUCAACGACCCGAGCCUGUCCGCGUCCGUAUCCACGGACGUGGUGUCGUGGAUGGCGUCCGUGGUGUACCUGGUGGGCACGCCGUCCGUGUUCCUCUUUGGAUACAUCGUGGAUAACUAUGGAAGGAAGAGGGCGCUUAUGUUCACUUCCUUCUCUAUGGCUGCAUGUUGGGGUUUGAAAUUAUAUUCAACAUCUACAUGGGCGCUCAUCACUGCGCGAGCCAUUAUAGGCCUGGGAGUCAGUGGCUCAUACGUGGUCACCCCACUCUACAUCAAGGAGAUAAGCGAAGACUCCAUCCGCGGGACCCUCGGAAGCUUGGUCGUCCUCAGCCAAAACCUGGGCAACCUAGUGGUGUAUAUCAUGGGGGAAUAUUUAAGUUACCACGCGGUUCUUUGGAUCUGUCUGGCGGUGCCGCUGGUGCAUUUGUUGGUGUUCGCUACGAUGCCAGAAACACCGUCGUAUUUGUUAAAGUGUGGGAAGGUUGAGGAAGCUCGGGAAGCACUGGGGUGGCUACGCUGUCAGAGCUCAGGGGCAGUGGACAGCGAGCUAAAGAUGCUCCUCAUAGAACUAGAGCAGAACAAGAACAACCAGUUCAGAUAUGCCAUCAAAACUCUUGCGUCAGACCGCAUCGCCUGCCGCGCCUUCCGCAUAGUCCUCACCAUAACCCUGGCCAGAGAACUCUGCGGAUGCCUAGCCGUCCUCCACUUCGCCUCGAAGAUCUUCAGCGAGGCCAACCACAGCGGCAACUGGGUGCUGACAGCCAACCAGCAGGCGGCGGUGCUGGGCGCCGUGCAGCUGUUCGGGUCGGUCACGGCUUCCACUUUGGUGGAGAGGACUGGGAGGAAGCCGCUCCUAGGCGUGACAUGUUUCGUGUCCGGCGUGUCCAUGUGUCUCCUGGGCGCCUGGUUCGCUAUGGGCGGCGGCGGCUGGCUGCCCGUGGCGGCGCUGUGUCUCUGCAUCUACUGUGAUGCGGCCGGGCUACAGCCAGUGCCGUUCGUGGUGAUGACAGAGAUGUUCUCCUUCCAACUCCGCGGCACCGUAACCUCCCUAGUCAUAGCCUUCGCCUGCGCCCUCGUCUCGAUCGAGCUUCGCUUCUUCCACCCCCUCUCCGAACUGGCCGGUCUCCACACAGUCUUCUUUCUAUUCGCCGGCGUUUGCCUUGUCAGCACCAUCUACAUCGUCAUCUGCGUGCCAGAGACAAAGAUGAAGACCAUAGACCAGAUAUACGCUAGGAUUGGCGGGAAAGGUCGAGAUGGCGGAAAGGAAGAUGGUGGAAAAGAAGUGAAGGGAUGCGAAGCGCCUGACGUAACGCGGUUGUAGGUUAAUUUUUAGGUUAAUAUUUAUUGUUUGUUUAGAAAAGUAAGUAGAUGUGGACUUUAGUAAUUUGAUUACUAUACCGAAAUAUGUGUAGGUAGUGAAUGAGAUGUAAUUUCAGUCUGUAGUCGAGUGAAAGUUAGACAAGUUGUAUAUUUUCAGUGUUUAGCCACAGUAAAGCAGAGACGCUUUCCAAAUGGAUUUUCGUACAUUGACCCGCCUCUUACUAUCUCUAUUGCACGCGCAUAAUUAUAUUGCUGUCCCGCCCAUGAUGCCGGUUGUCAAUGUCACUGUACGAGUUUGACAGCGAUAUAAUUAUGCGCGUGGCGGGUUAAUGUACCUACGAAAAUCUAUCUGUAGAGAAAGUGUCUCUUCUUUACAUAGUAACCAUACACUUUGCAAGGUGAAUAUAUAAACUUUAACUGUAACUCACAAAUUGUCAGUUACGGGUCCCCGGUAAGCUUGGUUCUUCAUACAAGCGUAGCCGUAGUUACGCUCUCAUUUUAUCCAACACGUAGUUUUAAACCACCAGCUGAAAUAAAUAAAACUAAAUCUAAAUCUAAAAUUUAAAAUGAGAACGAAACUCCGUUUGUAUGGGAAGGUGAAAUUCGGCCGAGCUUGCCGGGGACUCUUAGGUAAUUACCUAACGAAACUAAUUAGUUUAGUAGGCAUUUCAACUAUUUCGUUAAGUUUAGAAUCGAUGUAUUAGAUAGAUACUUAAAUGUUUUUUAGAUUAUAUUAACGAUUAACAUCAUUGUACA